AUGAGUUACCUACGUUCAUCGUUGCGCGGUGUAAAGAUACCCGGAUAUGUACAGCAUGCGCGCUACUGCUUUGUCUCGCAAUAUCGUGGAGCUCACAGCUUCAACUCGGGCUCACAAUUAGCUUCCGUAAACGAUACGCAAGAACAACCUCCAAUAGGUGGAAAAUGGGCUCGACCACCCAAUCUUAAUACCAGGAAGAAACCUCGCAUUGAUCUCUUAGCCUCGGAUGAUCCGGUUCGCAAUGCUCAGAGAAUAGAAAUACUUGCAGAAGGAAAUUUGUUAGAAGACGCUAUAAAAUUUGUGAAAGACACUCCACCGAGUAAACUAUCUGUACCUGUUUGGAAUACUUUAAUAAAAGAAUUAUGUAAGAGAAAAAGAAUAAGGAAAGCGUAUAAAACGUAUAUCGAGAUGAAACGCCGUGGAUUCCAACCUAAUGUGUACACAUUUACGACAUUAUUAAAUGGGAUGGCUGAGGGUAAUAUCACGGACAAUAGCAUCAACAAUGCAAAGGCUCUUGUAGAGUCAAUGGAUUUAUCCAGCGAAAUAAAGGUUAACCCGAUCCAUGGCAACGCAUUACUCAAAGUAUGCUCGCGUGCAGAUGACUUGCAAUCUCUCAAACAAGCUUAUGACACAUUCUUUCAACGAGGAAGACUAGUUCCUAAUAACGAGACAUAUACAACCAUAAUUAAUUCAUGCGCGCGUCAUGAGCGUGAGGGGUUCGAAUUUGCUUGGAAACUCUGGGAAGAGAUCUUGGAUGUGGUUGCCGAGCAAAAAAACACUACAAACGAUGGAUACAAGUAUUCAACGUCAAGAUACGAUAGUAAUUAUAACAAAAGUGAACUCGUUGUUGAUGACUUGUUAGUAUGUGCUAUGAUCCACGCGUGCAAGAACGCUGAUGAGACUGAGAAAGGUCUACGAAUUGUCCAACAAGCUUAUGGGAUUGGAAAUAAUUCAGUUGAGCAGAUAUUUCAUCUUCAAAUGUCACCGAAAUCCCUUGAUGGUGCGCUCGGUCUGUGUAUUCGCAGUAGAGCACAUCAACUAGGCGUAGAAAUAUUUGACAAGGCUAUUACCAAAUUUCCAGAAAUGAAAAUCGAUAUCUACAAUUUCAACAGUCUGAUGAAGAUUUAUAUCGAAGCGAACAAGUGUCGAAAUGCAAUAGAUGUGAUGUCAACCAUUCGUGCACGAAAUUUGGUUCCCGUUCGUGCUACUUAUGACUUGGCACUAACUGCUUGUAGGAUUCUUGAUGAAUGGGGUACUGGGAAAAAGUUUUUCGAGGAAUUAAGAGCACAGCAGAUAGCGCCGGAUGAGCAUAUGUUAAAUAUGAUUCUUGGCUUGGCACUUGGCAAUAAACUUGGAGACGCAAGAAGGGUCUUUUGGUUGUUAGAGCAGUUUGAAGUGUUAUUUAAUGAAACAGAACCUGAGCUGAAGAAUGUCAACUUUGUAAAGUCUCUUUUAAAGGCUUACGAGGUUGCAUCAGAACAUAGUAGGAAAGCGCAGGAAUUCGAAAGAUGGAAUAAGAGAAGGAUUUAUCUUAAAAAACAUCUGCAACAAUUUUUACCUGAGACAAGUGCAGAGCAUGAUGCUCGUAAGCGUCAUUCAAACAAAGAGUGGCGAUAUAAUAAUAAAGUCUCUGAAAAAUUUCGGUAA